AUGCUAAAGAAUUCACUACUGAGAUUGUCGUCUUUGUUCUUAAUCCAACGUGUGCUUGGACAACCUUUAUCGCACUCCUUAUCAUCGUUAAGCAAUCAACAACAGAACAGUGUACCUUCACAGCCAUUCACAAUCUCUUAUGAAUCGCCAGAAUUCUUCGAAAGAUUGUUGUGCGUCGCUUUCCUGGUCCUCUUAGGCGGUGUAUUUGCAGGGCUGACGAUCGGGCUCAUGGGGUUGGAUCAAACCAAUCUGUAUGUGUUAAUUGAGUCAGGAACAACCAAAGAGAAAGAAAACGCCAAAGUGGUUCUUGAUCUGCUGGAUAGAGGCAAACAUUGGGUUUUAGUGACGUUAUUAUUGGCCAAUGUUAUUGUAAACGAAACUCUACCGAUUAUAUUAGAUGGAGUUUUUAAUGGUGGAUGGCAAGCCGUAGUAAUGUCAACUGGAUUGAUUGUUAUCUUUGGCGAAAUAAUACCACAAUGUGAGUCAACUAUAUGUGUUCGUCACGGCUUAGCUAUUGGAGCUAAAACAGCAAACGUCGUGCUUGUUUUGAUGUAUUUGAUGUAUCCUAUUGCCUAUCCUAUCGCGUUAAUUCUGGAUUUUUUUCUUGGUGAAUCGCACGGAACAGUGUACAAAAAGGCCGGAUUGAAAACCCUCGUCUCUCUUCAUCAAGCUGUGCAUCCUUCUGAUGUGGAUGCACUGACUUCCGAUGAAGUAACCAUUAUCGGGGCAGUUCUAGAUCUCAAAUCUAAGCCUGUAUCAUUCAUUAUGACGCCAAUGAAUGAUGUCUUUACACUUUCCACAGAUGAUAUUAUGGAUGCAGAAAUGGUAGAUAAGAUAUUGACAGCAGGUUAUUCGCGUAUACCAAUACAUACACCUGAUAACAAAGAUAGCUUUAUUGGUAUGCUGCUGACAAAGCUUCUAAUCACAUAUGAUCCUGACGACAAUAUGCUCGUAAAUCAGCUACCACUGAGUACAUUACCAGAAACAGGUCCAGAUACUAGCUGUCUUGAUAUAUUGAAUUUCUUUCAAGAGGGCAAAAGCCACAUGGCGCUUGUAACCAACUGCCCUGGCGAGAAUAGAGGCGCAUUAGGUGUGAUAACUCUAGAAGAUGUUAUUGAAGAAUUAAUAGGCGAGGAAAUUAUUGAUGAAACCGACGUAUAUAUUGACGUCCGUAACAAAGUACGGGUAGUACGUCGACAAAUGGCAAGCAAAAAUUUUACUCAUAUGGCAGCUCACAAUCGCAAAAGAAACGCAGAUGAGCAAAUCAGCUUUUUCGUCGAGAAGUCAACCACAUAUGGUGCUAUAUAA